UGCAGUCAAACCAAAAAAAGCUGAGCCCCUGUGGCUUCAAACAUCUCUCUCUCCCUUUCUCUCUUAAACUUGCCUAACCUCUCAAUCAUUCACAUUGAAUAUUGAUUGCUUCGCUUCGCUUCUCCUUCUUUGUUCAUGGCCGAUCACUUCAAAAAUCUAUUGGCGGGAAAUUCUAUAUGGAAGUUGGUCUUCUUCCUCAGCCUCCUCCACGCCCUCUCAUUUUCCGCUUCCGGCGUAAAAUGGGACGGCGUGAAGGUCACCCGAGCCGACUCCCAAGCCCUCCGCGCCAUCAAAAACGAAUUGGUCGAUUUUAAAGGCGUGCUCCGGAGCUGGAACGACACCGGCGCCGGGGCCUGCGCUGGCUGGAUCGGGAUCAAAUGCGCCGACGGCGAAGUCAUCUCCAUCCAGCUCCCUUUCAAGGGACUUGGCGGCCGAAUUUCCGACCGAAUCGGCCAGCUUCAGUCCCUCCGCCGGAUCAGCCUCCACGACAACGCCCUCGUCGGCGCCAUUCCGGCCACGAUUGGAUUCCUACCAAAUCUCAGAGGCUUGUAUCUCUUCAACAACCGCCUCUCCGGCUCUCUGCCGCCCUCGAUUUCAAACUGCCCGCUGCUUCAGACCGUUGAUGUCAGCGGUAAUCAGCUCGCCGGAGUCAUCCCUCCGAAUCUUGCUAACUCCACGCGGCUGUAUCGGUUGAAUCUGAGCUUCAAUUCUUUCUCUGGGUCGAUCCCAGUAAGCCUUUCUCGCUCGUCCUCUCUCGUCUUUCUCGCUCUUCAACACAAUAAUCUCACUUCCUCCCUCCCUGAUUCUUGGAGCUCUGUUUCCAAUCUCAAAUAUUUAACUCUAGAUCACAAUUCUUUAUCUGGAAAAAUCCCAACCUCUUUAACGAGAUUGGUUUCUCUCGAGGAGUUGGAUUUGAGUCACAACAAGCUUGAAGGAAGCAUUGAUGAAAUAGGAAGCAUGUUGGCUUUAAAGAAGAUGAAUCUUGAGAAGAACAAUCUCGAUGGCUCGAUUCCGAAUUCAAUUCAAAAGCUUGUAAAUCUCUCAGUUUUAAACCUGAGCAACAAUAAAUUCCGCGGCGGAAUCCCACUGAUCUUCGGCAACAUCACCUCGUUAAACUCCCUUGAUCUCUCCGAGAACAACCUCACCGGAGAAAUCCCAUCUUCUCUCUCCAAUCUCCCAAACCUCACUUCACUCGGCCUCUCCUACAACAACCUCUCCGGCGCCGUUCCCUCUCUUCUAUCCAAGAAAUUCAACUCCACCUCCUUCGCCGGCAACAUCAACCUCUGCGGCUACGGCCCCUCAGCGCCGCCGUGCCCGUCGCCUGAACUCACACCUCCGCCUCCGCCGCAGCCGAAGCCCCACCGCCGCCGCAAGCUCAGCACCAAGGAUAUCAUUCUCAUCGCAUCCGGAGCCCUUCUCUUCGUUCUACUAAUCCUCUGCUUCGUCCUGCUAUGCUGCUUGUUGUGCAAAAAGACGAAAUCCAGCAAGGGCGGAAGAGCUCCUCCGCCUUCAACCAGCAAGGCGGCCGCGGCUGCGGAAGGGGAGACGGGCGGCGACGGAGGAGGGAAAUUAGUCCAUUUUGAUGGACCUUUUGUUUUCACAGCUAACGAUUUGUUGUGUGCCACUGCAGAGAUUAUGGGAAAGAGCAGUUACGGAACGGCCUACAAAGCCACGCUCGAAGAUGAGAAUCAAGUCGCGGUGAAGAGAUUGCGAGAGAAAAUCACCAAACCUCAAAAGGAGUUCGAAGUCGAAGCCUCCAAUCUUGGAAAGAUUAGACACCCAAAUAUCUUGGCGUUGAGAGCUUACUAUCUUGGCCCCAAAGGCGAGAAGCUUCUCGUCUACGAUUACAUGCCUAAUGGAAGCCUCGCAUCCUUCUUACACGCUAGGGGACCCGAGACGACGGUGCCAUGGCCCACAAGAAUGAACAUAGCAAUUGGAAUAACAAGAGGGCUAUGCUACCUACAUAGUGAAGUGAACCAUGUUCAUGGAAAUCUGACGGCAACCAACGUUCUUCUCGACGAAAACAGGGAUCCCAAGAUCGCGGACGUGGGGAUGUCGAGGCUGAUGACGAGCGCGGCAACGGCGAACGUGGUGGGGACGGCGGGGUCGAUGGGGUACAGGGCGCCGGAGCUGUCGAAGCUGAAGAACGCGAGCGAGAAGACGGACGUGUUCAGCCUCGGGGUGAUCGUGCUGGAGCUGCUCACGGGGAAGUCUCCGAGCGAGGCGAAAGACGGGCUGGAUCUGCCGCAGUGGGUGGCGUCGAUUGUGAAGGAGGAGUGGACUAAUGAGGUGUUUGAUGUGGAGCUGAUGAGGGAUGCGUCUUCUUCGAGUGCUGGCGAUGAGCUGCUCAAUACGCUCAAGUUGGCGCUUCAUUGUGUUGACCCGUCGCCCGCGGCAAGGCCGGAGGCGGUGGAGGUGCUGCAGAAGCUUGAGGAGAUUAAGUCGGAGGCCGACGUUGCGGCGGCAGAUGUUGGCAAGAGUGAGUGAAGAGAGCAAACAUUUUUUUUAGUACUGUGUUUAAGUAUUCGCUAUUGAUUUAUUCGUUUGGAAUUAUCGAGGUUUUGUUGUUUGUUAGAUUAUUAUUAAGUUUGUAUAUAAUACUCCGGUACUAUUUCUUUGAUUUUUUUGGGGCGGAAUUGCAUUGAAUCCUAAUUUUUGGUCUA